AAGCAACACAGGAGUGGCAGAAAGUGCAGCUUUUGAGGCUGUGACUGGCUGUGACUCCUCUCUGGAAAGGGACUCUUUCCGAAGGUGCCGCAUUCGCCUUCUUUGUGGUUGCAUGAGUCUCCCUUCCACCUGCAACAACCUGGAAGAGACCUUUUACGAGUCAAUGUGGGUUUGAUUUGGCACCAUCUAUCGUCGUAGCUUACGCUAGACGGGCCCCCAGCCAUGGCGGCUGCCCUGGUGAAGUCACAGUUCUACUGGCCCGGGCACUUGGUUCGACAGCCCUCAAACAACCACCAGCACACUGGAAGGAUCCAAGCUAGUCUGCACAAUGCAGGUCCCGUACCCACUCCAUCUGCUCAGAGAGCACCACAGAAGGCCGCUGCCACUGAGAAGCCGCUACAAAGCCAGGAGAGAAAGGACAAUGCAGCCAUGCAAACGAAGGACCUCAAGCUAGUAACACCUUCAGAAGCAAGGGAUGAGGCAUCCAAGAAGCGAGCACCUCUCAUUAGUCGGGAAAGAGUGAACCACCAGGGAAGGAGGAGUCUGCUUACCAAAGGCCUGAUGGCGGCAGCAUUGUGCCCUCUCUGUUCAGACUUGCAACACGCAUCAGCUGCAGAGUGGGGCUAUGGCGGGCCUGCGGGGCCGCUGAGAUGGGGUGGCUUUUGUAUACUAGGGAGACAGCAGUCGCCGAUCGACAUGCCUGUGAAAGGCACUUCAUACAGGCCUGACACAUUCGGCAAGCUGCAGUUCGACUACCAUGCCGCUGACGUCAACAUUCUAAACACGGGACACGGCACAAUGCAGGUCAACUUUCCGGCCGGGAGCAGCACAUUGAGAGUGGGAAAAAGGACGCUGGACCUCCUCCAGUUCCACUUCCACAGCCCCAGCGAGCACGCUGUUGACGGAGAGCGGUUUGAUAUGGAGGCGCACAUGGUGCACAAGGAUCGUGAAACCGGGACCCUAGCUGUUGUUGGGACGCUCCUCCAGGCCGUUCCGGACGUGGAGGCCCUCUUCAACCCGGCCCUUGAAGCAGCACUUCAACUUGCUCCCCGCGAGCACGGAGCUAUGAAGCCUGCGGCAGUCUGCGCCCCCACUUGCAUCAACGUGAAAGUCUCUGCUGAAGACCUCCUCCCAGUUGUCAGCGACGCGGAUAGCCGAUCGUACUUCCACUACGCGGGUUCGCUGACUACGCCGCCUUGCAGCGAGGGAGUUGAUUGGUUCAUGAUGGGGAACACCGUUCGCAUCCCGUACACGCAGCUUGUCAGCUUCCUGCAAUAUGUCGGCGACCAGAGGACGCUGGCCUUCAACACUCGUCCGUUGCAACCAAUCAGGGAUCGGGAGAUCACGAGGGGCCCAGCAUGAGACCGUCGAGAGGGUGAUCAAGUAUCUAAUGCGUUGAGAGAAGAUCUUUGUGUCUCAAUCUGUGGACCAAUUUUUCCACCACCACUCUCAAUAGCUUGAUCAGUAAAGGUUCCCCACUUAGGUGUUGCAUGCGAAUGAACUCGGUAGCAAGCCGUCAAAAGUUUCUUGCGCAUCUGCCAUGAUAAGAGCAUCGUUAGCGUUCUACAGCCUUCCAUCAUAGGUCCUGCAAGUUUGAAUGUGGAAGAUACCGUACUACUCACUGCAGGACUGAUCAGGUGUAUGUCCUUGAUCGAGAGCCUUGGUCUAUUCGCAUCGGCUAGACCAGGCGCUCCUUUGGUUGACCCCAUGCAAGUACGUUCAGCUUCAAUUCGACUUAUGAAGUUGUACGUGCAGUUCAAAGGACUUUCUGUUGCAUUUCUCAAUCUCAGUGUGACACAAGUGUAUAGGAUGAACCACACAUACCGCACCUCCAC